AUAUGUAAUAAAAUAAUAUAGCUCAAGUUGUUUUAAAAUGGGAGCAUAUUAUUGAGAAUUUGUUGUUUGUGGGAGUGUUGUGUAAACCAAUUUUGUGAUCAUGGCUCUGGCUGGGAAGCUUGUGAGUGAAGUAGAAAUAAACACACCUCCCCAUAGAUUUUACAAACUCUUUAAAGAAGAAAUUAAUAGCAUUCCAAAUAUUUCUCCAAACUUAAUACAAAAAAUUCAAAUUCAUGAUGGGGAUUGGAGCAAACAUGGUCAUGGUUCCGUCAAGGUUUGGAAUUACACUAUUGAUAAUAGGGCUGAAGUUAUCAAAGAGCGAGUUGAAUUUGAUGACAAAAAACUUGUGGUAAGAGUAGUUGGAUUGGAAGGAGAUGUGUUUAAGCAUUACAAAACCUUCACUGGAACGUAUCAAGUUGUUUCUAAAGGACCCAAUCGUAGCGCCAUAAUAUUUACCUUGGAAUAUGAGAAACUUCAUGAUGGUCCUCCUUACCCUGACAAGUAUCAUGAGGCUAUGAAUAGCCUUGCUAAGGACAUUGAAUCUCACCUUAAAAAAUAAGGUUCAACGUGUUUUCUAACGUCCGCAAUAAUAAUACGAUAUGAAUAAGUAUGUUGUGUUAGGGUUGAUUCUAUAAGAUUGGGAGGAUUUUUGUAAUACUAAAUAAUGGUUAUCCUCGUGUAAAAUGAAAGAAACUCAAACAUAAUUUUGUUUUAAAUAAUAUGGACUAUGCUAUCUUCUGAUAUAA